UCAUUUACUGCAUAAUAGAUAGCUUGAAUCCUCAGCUAUAUUGAGCUUGUUCUUAUAUUGCGAGUGCCGUGAGGAACAGAGCACAUUGACAGAGAUCAGGCUGCUUUCUGUUGCUUCUGGCACUCUCCUUCCUCCUCCAUGGCUUCCAAGCUCUUGCUCAUUUCUGUCUUCGUGAUCGACUUGAUCGCUUUUGGAUUGGCUAUAGCAGCUGAGCAAAGAAGGAGCACUGCCACAGUUGUUCAGGACAAGGAAAUGAAUUAUAACUACUGUGUGUAUGACUCUGACAUAUCAACUGGGUACGGUGUUGGAGCGCUUCUGUUCCUCAUGCUUAGCCAAGUCCUCAUAAUGGUGGCCAGCAAAUGCUUCUGUUGUGGGAAGCCUCUAAGCCCUGGAGGUUCAAGGGCUCUUGCUGUUGUUCUUUUCAUAAUCUGCUGGGUGUUCUUCGUCAUAGCAGAAGUAUGCUUGUUGGCAGGUUCAGUGAGAAACGCAUAUCACACAAAGUACAGGACCAUCUUCGGUGAUAACCCACCAUCCUGCCAGACAGUGAGGAAGGGAGUGUUCGGUGCAGGAGCUGCUUUCGUCUUCUUCACAACCAUAGUCUCAGAAUUUUACUACAUCAACUACUCAAGGGCCAGGGACAGCUUCCAACCUUAUGGUGGUGCUCCUGACACCGGUGUGGGUUUGGGAACCUUCAAGUGACCUCCUUAAUUACCUUAUUUUUUAGUUUUAAGAUCGAACAAUGAGAUCAAGUAAUUGUUGCAUUUUCAUGGAUUCAGUCAGUUUCAUGAUAUCCUAGAAUGUUAUGUGUAUAACUUGUCCUACAUUUCAUGAUUCUUUUGUUUGUGUUCUUUUAUAUAUAGAGACGCUUUUUGUUGCCUUUGCUAAAA